AUGAAGGCUCGCUCGUCUACCGCUCCCAAGCUUCUCCACGUUCAGAGCGAGCUUUCCCCUAUUUCAUUUGAUAUCGAUGAGCUCAUUCUGCUUUGUGCUCUCAUCGGUGCUGAAAAAGGUCCAAUUCUGAACAAGCUUUCCAUCAUGACAGACGCAUUCAAAAUCGUUUUCAUUACUCCCAUGAAAGCACUAGUCUAA